AUUUAUCUGGUAUCCACUUGUUACUGUGUCAUAGUUAAUCUCAGCUAUAUUUUUACACAUUUCUAUUUGCACCUAAAACAUGACAAAUGUAAUCAUCUGGUGCACUGUGACAUUUGUGCAGGAUAUUAUUUCAGUACAUAGCGAGGUUAAAAUAUUGUUACCUACUGUCACUCAGGCUAAAGCUAGCGGAAGAUUUAGAGGCAACAUUUUUUAGCAAGUUUAAAUAAACUAGUUUUACAUCCAUGCUGUUGCCUCGCCUAGUUGUCUUUUCUGUUUUCAUUUUCAGGAUCUUCUCUUCCUUGUUAAAUAAAUGAAAUUUUAUAAUGCUAAAUUUCAGAGCUACAAAUAUUCGCCCCUUAUGUGGUGACUAAAACAAAAAAGGUCGGUCACAAUAUGAAUCAGUUGUUUUGUGCACGCACUUGUUUCAUUUUGAAAAUGUGCGAGUCAACAUGCGAGGUCAAAAUCCUUAAUGGCGCCGCUGCUGUUAUUGUUCUUAAAAAAAGAGAGAGAACAUCUAAAUAUAUUGUUUGCACUUCAAAUAAAAGUAUAAAAAGUAGCAGAAGUGUCAGUUUAGAAGAUGUAUGACACCACAACAGGGUUAUCCUCACUGAGGGCUUUGUGCAGGUGGCAGGUUGUAUUUCUUAAGGAAACCUCAAGCUUUGGCAUUGUAACUGAACACGUACAGGUGCACGACAUCUAAGUGCACGAGGCUCUAAAAGUGACAUGAAAGAGUUGGCUUAUCAGACUCCUGCAGCUUUCUGAUACAUGAUUUUUUUUUGCCUCCCAUCAGUUCAGUCGACACUCUGCCAUGCCAAGAUCGUUCCUCGUCAAGAGUAAAAGGACUCACCUCCUCAGCCCGUCUAAGGAUGCCUUUAGACAGCAGUGCCUAUCCCAGAGAGAUGCUGAGGUGCCAGUGGCUGGAAGGGACGGCAGACGUCCUGAAGAUGCUGCACAGCCUUCGUCCCCCAUCUAUGGGGUCAAAGAUUUUGCGGCCGAAGCCUACUUGCCGUGGAGUCGGGUGGCGGUCCGAUCUCACAGUGACCCCACGCAGGACCGUUGGCCUUCAGCCCCCUUGGAGAAAAUAAACGCUCCUCUGCUGGUCUCGCCGUGGUUGGCAGACAGACACCAAGCAUCUGAGAGAGAGCGAGAGCUGGAGAGACUGGUCUUCAUGUUAGUCAACCACACAUCGCACACUGACCUCAAAUCCCCCGUCAGUGAUUGCCCGCUGUGCGAGAAGUCCCUUUCAGAAGUCUUAAUACCAGGAGGUGGUCUACAGGUUUGUAAUGUUUUCUCUUCUCCACUGGCAACAUCCCCCACGGCCACAGACAUCUCCCACAUGCCCUUUGGCUUCAGAACAAUCAGCAGCUAUGGUAGAGCUAAGGAGCGUAGCUUUGGCUGCAAGGUGUGCGGAAAGGUGUUCAAGCGUUCGUCCACCUUGUCAACCCACCUCCUCAUCCACUCAGACACUCGACCCUACCCCUGCCAGUACUGUGGCAAAAGGUUCCACCAGAAGUCAGACAUGAAGAAACACACCUUCAUACACACAGGUGAGAAACCGCAUGUGUGUAAGGUGUGCGGUAAAGGAUUCAGCCAAAGCUCCAACCUCAUCACCCACAGCCGAAAGCACAGCAGCUAUCGGCCGUUCAGCUGCCCCCGUUGUCAGCUCAGCUUCCAGCGCAGGGUUGAUCUACAGCGCCACCAAGAGACGCAGUGUGGUUACGGGGACAUGUACACUCAAACCUGAGCCCAUGAAGCAAAGAAAGUAAAAGUGGGCAGGGUGACAUCUGUUGUAAAUGUAAAAGUCUGAAAAAUAUGCUUUUAGUAAUAACAUGCUUAGAAGGGAAUAAAGGCAGACUGGUUUGCUUGAAGAACUCUACAGGGACAUCUUUGAUUAAAACUCCCAAAAGUCAUUCACAAAUGAUGAUAAGGUUAUUUUCUAAAGAUUUUUUGCAAAGCAAACGUGUUCCGAAGGUAAUGAGAUGUUAUCUCCAUUGCAAUAUACGUGCGCCUGUGCGUGAUUGUCCCAUUACUGACUGAAGAGCAUGCUUAAUGUCCUGCUGCUGGGUCAUGACACAGAUGACUCACAGUGAUCACUCACAGGAUUCCCCUUGACUACUGCAUGCACAUGAAGUCUAGUUUGAAUUUGCUUUAUAAAAAUAAAAUAAAAACACUUUGUUACCAUUUCAACAGCACAUUUGGUAAAAGUGUUUAAAGUUGCAAUAUUGUUACAUUAAAGUGGUCAGUCGCUUAAAAAAGAACAAAAGACAUCCUUCCUGUUUUGGUAUAUCAGAGUUGUGUGCCUUAUCUUUAAGCUAAUUGAAGUAAUUGGUGUCUUGCAGUUUAAAGCAGCAGUAAUGGCUAAUUGAGAAGAAAAACCAACAAAAAUCACACAGGAACUGUUUUCUUUCUACACCAACCAGCCAUCUAUCUUAGCAGGUAGCUUCAAGACAGGCCGUGCUUAUGUGAGCACAUGUGUAUUAAAGUGUACUGAAGAUCUACCCAGAGUUCAAGUUUAAGAAUGAUCACAUCCCACCCAAAUGUCAGCAGGUUCAGCAGUUUAGUUACAAAUAUGAGACACAUAUUUAUAACACAGGCUGCUGGGCUGAAUUGCAAAUGUGCGUUUUCAUAUCAAAAUGUCAAUGUUUCUAUGCAGCUGCUUUCCUGUGAUGUCGUGCUUUAAACUAUGACCAUAAGACAUGAAAGGAGGCUUCCAUCAUUAAAACCAUUUUCUUUAUCACAUGAAACGAGAGCUGCUGAGUCUUUAAGCUCGGAGUCUGUCCCUACACAGCUCCUGUCCAUGUCAGUCUUCCGUUAAUCACGUAUUAUUUUUUUAAAUGUAUCAAAUCGGACAAUAAUAAAUAUCAAAGUAGACUGAGAGCUUAAGUCCCCUGUAAUUAAAUGUAAUUUCAGGGUAUUUUAUUUAAAACUACAAUCUAAUUAUAUUUAGCUACAAAAGCUUAAAGGCAGUGACACUGGUAUAAGGCGGUAAAAAGUUUAUUAUACUGUAAGUAAAUUUAAGUAAUUUUAAGCAGAUGUAAAUAUUGUGAAUGAAUUCUGGAUAGCGAGCAAUUUCAUGGUAAUUUUGGGAAAAAUAAGCAAUAUUUUCCAAUCUUAAAAUAUGCUGUCCUUUUCAAGGCUUGGGCCAUAUUAUGGAGUUAUUAUGUUCUUUACAUCUUUAUUUCAUAUUCAUUAUGUUGAUGUGGAUGAUGGAUUAAUUAUUAUUAAUUAUUAAUUAUUCAACUGUCCUUUUAUUUUACCACUAUAAAUGUGACAAGGACUGAUCUGCCUUUCCAACUUACCAAAAAUACAGUUGAAAUUUGCAGGCUUGUAUGAUCCUGUAACGAUAAAACCAAGAGCCAAGUCUAACUUUUUUCACUAUGACUGUUUAAACAUAACUUUGAAAAUGAGUGUUUGCUUUCCUGUAAAACACUGGAAAAUUAGGCAAAGUUAAACCGCCCCCUAAUUCAGCCCGUGUCCCAAAAAGGAAAGCGUACAAUGGAAGAUACUUUUCAAGAAAAUGAUCAAGAUAUUACACAGUGCUUAAAACUACUUCGAUGUCAUUUCUGUCGCCUUCGCUGUAAAGUUCCAAGAAUUUGGUCCACUUUAAAUGAGUUACAGUAUCAUUAUUGCUUUGUUUCCAGUAAAAACCUGACUUGUUACCCCCUUAUUCUAGUGUCCCUACCUUUAAGAAUCAGUAGGUUAAUAGACUGAAUUAUUAUAAUUUCAAAUAAAAUACAUCAAGAUUCCAUUUAAUGAAAGGGAAAAUCCACCCUUAAUUUACUGACUGUAUUAUAAAGUGUUACCAAUUAGACUUUUUCCAAUAAGUGCAAUACUGUUAAGUUACUGCGUUCCAUUUUUCCCUGCUGC